AUGGGCGAUUAUUUGACCGAAAGUGAACUUUUCAAGCGUGCCAGACAAGGUUAAUUUUAAGAAAAUGAAUAUUUUCGAGCCAAAAUAACAUUUCAGCGAUUGAAAACGACGAACCACAAAAACUGACAAUCGACAAACACGUGGCAUUUUUGAUAAGACAUUUGAACGUUUUCCCAGAAGCUUAUAAUUCUUUGGAUUCAAAUCAGUAAGUUAAAUUAUCACAUAAGAAGAAACGCGGGCCUUAUCAAAAAAUGUUUGAAACAAAUUAUUUUGGGUCCGAAAAAUUCCAUCUGAAUCUUUGAAAAUAUUUCGUGAAAAAAAUCAAAAUUUUUUUUCCAGAAUCACACUUUUAUAUUUUGCUCUUUCUGGUCUCGAUCUUUUGGGAGAACUCGACUCAUUACUUAGCCCAACUCGUCGUCAAGAAUAUAUCGAUUGGAUUUAUCGACUUCAAUUCACAAAAGGUUAG